AUGACCACCAUAGAACGCCCCUGCGACUACUAUCCCUUCUGUCACCAGUUCGAGCAGGUAGACCGGGCCAUCGAAAACCUGGUCAAGAGCGGCCAGCUGUACAACCAGCACAGCAACAACCACAACCACAACAACCACAGCUAUGGACGCUACCAGCAGACCAACCCCCAGUCCAAGUACAGAAAGAGCCCCCAGACCCAGUACUACUACGACAAGGGAGUGGCUUCGCACCAGCAGCAGCAGCAGUACGUUCCUCAGCAACCCCAGCAGCACAGAAAGAACUACUACUACAGCCCCCAGCUGGGCAGCCAGGUCCCGCCCAACAACGUCCCUCACGUGAGCCUGACCAACUCGGCGGCCCCCAUUCCAGUCGCACAGCCGCCGCAGUCGAUCCAGAUCCCUUCCCACUCCCACCCUGCGCCUCAGGCCUACCGAUCGCAGUCGUACAGCUUCCAGGGCCAUUCUCGGCUCGGAUCGGUGGGAUCUGUGGGCUCCAUGACGUCGCCGGCUCUCGUGGCCACCUCGUCAAUGACACCCGUGCUGCAGCCGACCCCGGGACCAUUCACUAAGACCCAGCGACCCCGCGGAGACAGAGAUGUGAACGACUUUGACGAGGUGGACUCGGCCAUCAAGGGACUCGGAGACAUGUCGCUGGAGCUGGACGAGAUAGACGACAGGGAGGACUUUGGCAGCAAGUCGUUCGACAAGAAACCGUUCGAGUCCUCGGCCACCUCCUCGCCCAUCUCCUUCACCUUUGACCCUUUUGCCGGGCUCGGAAUCGGCAGCAGCAGCAAAAACGACACCACCAGCUGCAACAAUGCCAACACCCCCACCGCCACUACCACUACCACUACAGACAACAACGACAAGGAGAAAAAGUCGCCCCCGUCCGUGUUUGCGCCCAUCGGAACCAAGCCGGACACCCUUGCAUCUUCCCAGCGACCGUGGCCCAAGAAGAGUUCUCUUGGAAUGUCGACCACCACGGUCUGGGGCUAA